AAAACAGCACCAUCCUUGAGUGUCGAGUUCGGUUCUUCGGUCGCGGUUAUUUUUCUCCGUCGUGCACGUUGCACGGAACUUUGAUUGCGGAUUGAUAUUCGCGUGAAGGCAGGUUCCCCGCUCCGGUUGGUAGUUGCAGCACGUUCCGUCAAACUCGAACGGCCUCACAAUUCGCGACAAAAUGAGGAAUUUCAACUCGCCCAAGUUUGGGAACUCGCUGGGGGACGAUUCGGACGACGACGAGUUGGAUUCGGGGACGGAGCCGGAGUUUAUCUUGGAACCGUACGUGAUGGAUGAGUUUCCGGUGGUGGCUUACGCGGUUGGUGAGGAGGAGGACGAGGCGGGAGAUGAUGAUGGGGACGAGUCGGACGGGGAUCCGAGUGGGGACAUUGUGAUUGGAACUUCGUCGAGUGACGAUGAAUUUUCGGACAGUUCUGAUGAUGAGGAGAAGGAAGGGGGUGGGGGUGGUGGAGCUGGUGGUGGUGAGGGUGAGGACAGCAGCACAAAGACCCCGAAGCGAGCGAUUGACGAUUACGAUGAGGAAAUGGAAGAGGACGAGGUCAUCAAGGCGAUCAUAACGGAAAUAAAGAAACCUCGGUCCAAACCGCCGGACAUAAAGACGGAUGACUUUGUGACGGAUAUGUGCUUUCACCCGAGUUUGGAUUUGCUCGCGGUUGGAACGACGACCGGGGACGUCAUCCUCUACAGCUUCACCAACGAUGAAUGCACCGUUAAGGACACGCACGAGGUGCACUCGAAGUCGGUGAGGGACGUGGAGUUCAACGAGGCCGGGGAUUUGAUAGUUUCAACGGCUCGCGAUCGGUCAAUCAUGGUGACGGACGUGGAAACGGGCAAGUUGAAGCGGUUCUGGGACGAAGCCCAUGAAGAGCCGGUCUACACGAUGAGCAUGAUCAGCGAGAACACUUUUGCGACCGGGGACGACGGUGGAGUGCUGAAGCUGUGGGAUCUGAGGCAGAAGGAGGCGAUUUUUGAGCUGAAAGAGGUGGAUGAUUUUAUUUCGUGCAUCAUUACGAACGAGCAGAAGAAGUACCUGCUGAUGACCAGCGGGGACGGGUACUUGACGACGAUCAACAUGAAUCAACGCAAAAUGUACGUCCAAUCCGAGCCGUACGAGGAGGAGCUGACCUCGAUGGGCAUCUUCCGCAAGGACAGCAAGCUGGUGGUCAGCUCGUCCAAGGGCAACUUUUACACCUUCAACUGGGGCCAGUUUGGUUAUCACUGCGAUGCGUUCACCGGCCCCCAAGCGGGCGUCAACCGGAUGGUCCCCAUCACCGAGCGGAUAGCAGUCACAGGAGGCGAGGACGGAAUCCUGCGCGCAAUGCAUCUCGUUCCGGGCCGUGUCCUCGGCAUCGUCGGGCAGCACUCGCUCGCGGUCGAGACGAUCGACAUCAACAGCAGCGGCGAGCUGAUUGCGUCGAGUUCGCACGACAACGACAUCCGCUUCUGGAACAUUAAAUACUUUGAGGAGUUUGACGACAUCAAGUACAACAGCAAGCCGGACCGGAAGGCGAUGCGGCACAAUUUGCCCUCGUCGAAGCAGACGAACGCGGCGGAUUUCUUCUCGGAUUUGGCGGCGGGGGGAAGUGCCGCGGAUGGGGAUUGAAGCGGCGGAGUUUGUUUUGAACAAAUGGGAGGUUUUCGUCCAGGAGAACGAGAAAACGGGAGAAGGACACUAAAGUGGUGAGUUUGUUUUCUUUUCAAAACAGGAAUUGUUUGCGUAGUGUCUUUAUUAUUAUUGGCGUAUAAAAUAUAUUGUUAAACAGUUUAAGUGGUAGA